CAGAUCAGAAGUCCCACGUGCACUUGGGGGAUCUCGACGACGCAUUUCUCUUACAAACCCUGCACGCUCCUCUCUCUCUCUCUCUCUCUCUCUCUCUCUCUCUCUCUCUCUCUCAUUUCACUCUCAAACAAGUAAUCUCUCUCUCUCAUCUCCUUCAUUACACACAGAAACAGAGGAACGAGAGAGGACUCAUCAACGAGUUUAGUUUUUCUUCAUCAUCUUCUUCUUUCCUACGUCCUUGUUUAAUCUUUUGUAAUGGUUGACCUCAAAGACCAAGACAUGGGAGAAGGGAUGCAAUGCAUAACACAUCCUUACACAAAGAACCCAGGUGGGAUCUGUCCAUUAUGUCUCCAAGAGAAGCUCGGUAAGCUCAUCACUUCCUCUUUCCCUCUCCCUAAAAUAAACCACCUCUCUUCUCCUCCUAAAGCCUUCUCUCCUUCGACCAACUCUCUUGCUCUAUCUCUCUCAUCGGGAAGGGACAGCAAUAACAACAACAACCUCCCGUUUCUUCUGGCCAAGAAGAAGAGUAUGCUCGCAGCUUCUUCAUCCUCUUCCUCUUCUUCGGCUAAUCUUAUCUAUAAGAGAAGCAAGUCAACGGCUGCUGGUUACGGUGAGGGUUUCAACCAGAGGAAACGAAGUGGUUUCUGGUCGUUUCUUCAUCUCUACUCCUCCAAACACCAACUCGCAUCCACCACUAAAAAAGUCAGCCAUUCUUCUAGGCCAAGAAACCAGAGAACAGAGACAACAGAGACACCCAAGAGGGUCCUUGGUGGAGGAGGUAUUGAUGUGAUAGUGGAGGAGGAAGAUGAGAGUCCUAGUAACAAAGUGGUUGUAGAAACGCCAACAAACAGUGUUGGCAGUGGUAAUGGAUCUUCUUUUGGGAGGAAAGUGUUGAGGUCUAGAUCUGUUGGGUGUGGAAGCAGAAGCUUCUCUGGAGACUUCUUUGAGAGGAUCUCUAAUGGGUUUGGAGAUUGUGCCUUGAGAAGGAUUGAGUCACAGAGAGAACCCACAAAGGUUAUUAGUAAUGGUGGUGGUGGUGGUGAAGCAGCUGAUGAUGCCAUGAGUGAAAUGGUGAAAUGUGGUGGUAUCUUUGGUGGGUUUAUGAUUAUGACAUCAUCAUCAUCAGCAGCAUCAUCAACAGUUGAUCAUCAUCAUAAGAUGGGGAAUAGAAGCUGGGGAUGGGCUUUUGCUAGUCCAAUGAGAGCCAAGACUACUACUCAUAGAGGUCGUACUAUUACAGAGUCUUCAACUACUGACAAGAGCACACCUCCAAACUUGGACUCAAUUCCUCCCUUGGUUGCUAUGAAAACCUAAGAGAGAGAGAUACACUACAAAGUACUUUUAAUUUCUAUAUCUUAUUUCAUUCAUGUGUUUAGUUAGGCUGUUCUUUUGUUCUUUAGACACUGGUUUUGAUCUUUUGAGUUCAACUAGUAAUGUAAUAUCACACUAUUUUCUAUUUAUGCUACUAUGUUCAUCUUCAUGAUUAUAAAAGCUUGUAACCUUUAGGAUACAAUUUCUGUU